CCUCACAGCUCCAACAUUGGUUCCCUUUUGUGUGAUGCAUUCAAAGGUUCCGUUUCUGAGCAGACGCUGAACCACAGCCUUUUAAAGGUACCCAACAUGCCACAGACUCCUUUGAUUCCUUCUGAUCCGUAAGUUGAGUUUGCAUCCACACAUUUAGUGAAAGAUUUUCCUUUUUUCGGCUUCUGCUUCAUGUUGUGAAGCAGAUCUGUCAUUUCUCUUUAGUUCAAAGCAGAAAAUACAGAUAUUUCUGUCUGGAGACAGUUUCAGCAAAUAUCUGAUCAAGCAGAAUUGGCUCCGCCUGCUUGCUGUUUAAAUCAGGCAUCAAAUCAGCCUGAAAUGUUGCUGCGUUACCAAGUUGCUUGAAAAGUCUGUGCACAAAGGGGCGUGGUCUGUGGUCACAUGCACUUCAAUGGGGGUGCUGCUCCAGAAACAGACAGGAAAACACCUUCUUGUGUCAGUCUGCAGCUUUCGCAGCAGCGAGCACAUGGUCUGCCGCUGCUCAGCUAACCCAACGCACCUGAGGUCCAUCGCAUGGUCUGGGAUCCUUCAGGAGGACCAAGCAAAAGGAAAACAGCCUGAUGUCAUGAUGUCCAACUCCUCCAACUUCAGCGCCGCGGGAGCAGAGGAGGGGAAGAAGUGCAUCGUCAACGACCAGAUGAGGCCCUUCAUCGUCCUCUACAUCCUCAUCCUCACCGUGGGGCUGCCGGGAAACCUGCUGUCAGCGUGGGCCUUCGUCCGCUGCUGCAAAGCCAAAGAAAAGCGGAGCGCCGGCGUUUACCUGCUCAACCUGCUGGUGGCCAACCUCCUGUUCCUGGGCGCGCUGCCCUUUAAGGUCCUGAAGGACCUGGGAGCGGCGCCGUGGAGCCUCAUGGUCUUCCACUGCCAGUGCAGCGCUGUCGUCACCUACAUCAGCCUGUACGCCUCCGUGGCCUUCCUCACCUUCAUCAUAGUGGACCGUCACCUGCAGGACCGGCACUCGGCCCACUCUCUGAGGCUGCAGGAACCCAGCUUCGCCUGGCUGCUGUGCACCGUCGUCUGGCUGCUGCUGCUGGUCAUCAUGGUGCCCAACAUGGCUCUGCCCACCAAGCAGGUCCAGGUGCAGAGGUACCUCAGCUGCACCUCCCUGAAGGAGGAGCUCGGCCUCAGCUGGCACACCCUCACCGUCUUCCUCAACACGGCGCUCUUCCUCAACGCCUCCGCCGCCGUGCUCGUCUCCAGCAGCCUGGCCCUCAAGCACCUCCUGCGCAGCCGCAGCGCCGCCGCCCGGCGGACGCUGGUCAGCGUGACGCUCAUGGCGCUGGCCUACGUCCUCAGCUUCGUUCCCUACCACGCGGUGAGGACGCCGUACACGCUGGCCCAGACCCAGGUCAUCAGGGACUGCAGGACCAGGAGGCAGCUGUUCCUGGGGAAGGAGGCCACGCUGGUGCUGAGCGUGCUGCACGUCUGCCUGGACCCCCUGCUCUUCUUCCACCUUGACCCCGCCUUCAGGGGCGUCAUCCAGGACCUGCUGCCGUGCACCACGCACUGCAAAGCGGCCGCAGACAUGAGGCUGAGAACACGCAGGAACACGCAGGAGGACCAGGAGGAAGGAGGCGACUCCAGUCAACUGUAGAAGGUGGUUUCCAUGUUUGCAGACGAUCUUCUGUGCCGAUCCAGGACUCAGAGACUUUAGGUCAGUUCUGUGCCGUCCUAGAAGAAUCAGAAACAUCGAGCUGUCAUUGUCCAAACGACCAGCAGAGGGCAGAGUGAGAUCAGCAGCACCACUUCUCCUCAUUGCUUUGAGUUCAGAACCAGAACUUUUCCUCCAGUCUUCCUCUACAGACUUCUGAGCCCAAACCCUUGCAGUUCUUUUUGGAUCAGAUUGUUUUCUUCAGACUCAGUCCAUGCAGGUCAGACUCUGUUAGAUGAUGUGGUUCCUGUCCUCGCUGACCCUGAGGCCGACCUGCGACUCCAGACCGGAACCGGUCGGUUUGAUGAGUCGGACCGGUUUCAGCUCCGGCGUUCUUCGGCGCUGAUGAAGGGUCCAAACGGGCGACGCAUAACUCUGAACCAGAACUAACCCAAACUGACUCCUGUGGAGCCGGACCAACACAGAGUUUCUGCUGCGUCGCUUUUCAGAACCAGAACCAGAACAUUUAUCAUUUCAUCCCAGAAAACGCUGCAGUUUCAGGACAGAUGUGUUUUGAACCCUUCUUCAGUGUGGGUCGCUCUUUCAGGGCUUGUGAGGCUCCGUUUGGUCUGGUUCUGCUGGACCGGCACCGAGGGAGGCUUUCUCUGCAUCAGCGUUUCUCUGGAGUUCUCAGAACCGAGGGGGUUCCGGCCGAUCCGGAUCUCGCUCAUCAAUCUGGCUGCAGUGGGUCGGACACAGAGGGGAUUCUGUCAGGACGCCAGCUCUGAAAAGGCCAAAUCUGCGCCGGGUUUCUGUUUUUGGUGGCAGAACCUGAAUGAGAUAAUGGGAUUAGCUGGAUUGGAUUAGAGUGGAAAACCCGCAGAAGCUCAGCAGGCAGGAAGUGAGAGGUCCGGACGGACAGAGAGGCUGAAGGUCCGGAUCCGCUGAUGAUCUGAGACGAUGAAGAAAGUUGAUCCAUCUGAUCUGAGCCCGAUGUUCAUGUUGGAAUCAAACGUUCUCCAGAGGAAGCUCCUGCAGGGACGCUUUAGAUGGGACAUUUUGCUGGGGGGUGGGGGUGUACAAAGGUCUUUUUUUGCUAUGUCCCCCACCCAGCAUUUCUGGGGAAACAGUUGCCCUCAUCCACACUAACCAUGCACAGAUGCAGCCCCCCCCCCCCCCCCCCCCCGCUAUGUCAUGGGGGGGGGGCUCAGCUGCUCCAGCACAGAGGAUGAGGAGGCUCUGCUCCAUGGGGUGCUUGGGGGCCCGUCUGUGUGAUGACCAAACCUGCUGCCUCCGCCGUAGGGAGGGGCGGAGUCUAAACAGCUGAGCUGAAACAGACUUCAUUGGAAAACAUCAAAUUCAAUUCAAUUCAAUUCAACUUUAUUUGUAGCCCAAAUUCACAACAACAGUCGUCUCGAUGGGCUUCGUAUCGGUAAUUCGAAAAGUGGAAUCUAAAGAAUCAUGAAUACAAAGAGUUCAAUAAGAAAAUCCUAAAUUAAACUAACAAACUGACUAAACUAAACUGGCAUCCCUGCCCUUAGACCCCCCCUUAAGGAAAAACUCCCAAAAAAAACAGAUUCCAGAAAAAGAAAAAGAAAAAGGACCAGAACGUCCCGGACGGUUUGAUCCGGGUCACGCUGGUCGUUUAAGCGUCAAAGCUCUAAAAUGAAAUGAAGCUUUAAAUCAAUAAACUGUGAUUUUAAUUUGAUUCCAAACCAACAGACCCCCCCCUCACCCCCCCCCCUCCAAAACAACAGCUGAGUCUCCAUUAAAAACAGGUUCUUCUGCAGACUCAACAAUGCUGAAGGUUCCUCUGCCGUUUCUCCUGGGGGGGGUCCUUAAGUGUCUGAAACAGUGUGUAUGUGGGGGGGGGGGCGUUCAGAGUGAAGUCAGAGCUUCAGAUCAGCUGCUUUAAGGUCAGCUCUGCGUGUUUGGAUCUGCUCUGCUCCGGUUCCCAUGUCUCCUGGCGGGUUCUUGCUGGGUUCUGGCAGAGUUCAGACCCAGCUGGCUGACCCGGGUCUCUCUGGACCCGUCCAACAGAAAACAUCUGGACCGGCUGAGAUAAGCGCGCGCUCGCUGUGUCCUUGGUGUUGCAAUCAAACAUUCAGCUCUAAAAUUAGCCCCGGAAGACCAGAGAUGUUAGCUCAUGCAGCAGAUAUGGACCUGGGGGGUGGGGGUGGGGGAUUAUGGGGCAACACAUCAGGACUGAAGCAGUUAAACUGAGACUCAGUGUUUUCCUUUAAAAGACAUCUUUCUAAAACUUCCCUUUUUAUAUUUUGUGUUUUUUAUGUUGAAAGGUGCUAAAUAGUUUAUUAUUAUUAUGAUCAGAGCGCUCUUCUCAUGAUGCUGAUCCGUUUGUGACCUCCAUCCGUCCUGAACCUCCGUUCCCGCCUCCAGAGGAACCACACACGGCGGGCACAGCCGUUAUCCCGCCGCCGACAUUACAGUUUGUUGCUGGAAUUCUCCGGUUUUCCGUCUUUCUUUCCUGCAUCUCUCUUUGUCCUUUUUAAGUCACCAAAAACACCGGAGGACAAACCAUUUAUAGUUAGGAGGGGGGGCGAGGGGUCGCUGGGUGCCGUGGGAACAGCUUCAGAAAAAAUCACAUCACAAACACACAGAAACACAGCGACCCACGGUCCCAUUCCUGCUGUGGAACACUCACACCUCCGUCUUUGUUCUCCUCCAGAACCGCUGCAG